GAUGAAGGUUUAAUGCAGUGCAGCCUCUCGUUGGCUGGCAGCCCGGCACGUCAUCAUCUGUCAUUGCUUCAACCGUAAGAAGAAACAAGUGUAUGAACUUCUAGUAAUUCUCAUCCAACGCUGGAUUCUGCAGCCUAGGAGACGGAUUUCAGUAUCAAUCCUCAGACGGAACCAAGCUUCCCGUCAGGCAUCAACUCCUCUGGUCUCUUUUCCAUUCUUUGUGCACUUUUAACGGGAUCGUAAAUAUAGCAUUGUGAAAAUGACAAAAUUGUGCGUGGUGGCUCAAAUUUUUCUUUGUCUUAACAUCGUUAAAGUAUACUUUGUGGACACAUCAGAGCUGAACGGUGAUAUUCCCGCAACAGAACCGGCAUUUGACAACCGCGCUCCAGACAUGAUGACCAUUAAUAUGUACAGGGUUUAUGAUAAAUACAGCAAGAAGCAUCACCAUCAUCAUCAACAUAAACAGACCGUAAACACGAUCAGAAGCUUCAGAGGCUUGCCUGAGAUCUCCUAUCACAAGGUUUUGUUUCACUUUAACCUCACCUCUAUCCCCGAUUCGGAGGUGAUCCUGAAUUCAGCGAUACAUUUUCCUGACCAGCAAUCCCGUCACAGGUCCUGGUCGUGCCGGCGUUCCCGCGGAGCUGCGUGUCGCCUCCAGCACCUUCACCUGCUCACCCCAGCACAUCUCAUCAUUAAGGGUGCAUCACCAAACUCUGCCAUGCCCUCUCAGUUGUCCAACAUCACAUUGUCCUCUAACAGAAAGGGGCUUUGGCAGAUUACGGAUAUAUCUUCAGCUAUCAAACAAGCCCAGGUUCAAGGUGAGCUAUUGAUCACUGCUGAGUUCGACUUCGGUAGCAGAUUCCAGAGAACCCAGGAGCGCUUGUCUCAUCAAAGUUUGCCGUAUGUUCUUGUGUAUGCUGAUGACAUUGCCAUAAACGAACCAAACAGCGUUGCCACGACUCUGCAGAGAUACAGUUCAUCUCCUGUGCCUGAGGAGAAAGACAACAAACCUCACUCUGCAUUCUUAAGUUCAAGGAUCAGGAGAGGAGUGGACCUUUUCCAGAGUAACUAUCUACCCGAUGUCCAAUAUGAUGAUCUAAAGAACAGGGAGUUGUGGGAUAGUCCCUUUGUCGCGAAAAGGCACACACCUUUGUCAAAGGGCAAGGAGAACCAUGAGGGGUUUAGAGGGUCCCAGGAGCUCAGCUUUGAUGAGAAAACCAUGAAAAAAGCAAGACGCAAGCAAUGGAGCGAGCCGCGAAUGUGUGCACGCCGUUACCUGAGGGUAGACUUUGCCGACAUUGGUUGGAAUGAAUGGAUAUUAGCUCCAAAGGCGUUUGAUGCGUACUACUGUGCAGGAACCUGUGGCUUUCCAAUUCCAAAGGUUGUUCAACCGUCCAACCAUGCCACCAUCCAGAGUAUAGUGAGAGCUGUGGGAAUUGUCCCUGGAGUCCCAGAGCCGUGCUGCGUACCCGACAAUAUGGGUUCACUGGCUGUACUGUUUCUUGACACAAGCAAGAAUAUGGUACUGAAGGUCUACCCUAGCAUGUCUGUGGAGACCUGUGCCUGUCGAUAAGAUAGCUAGGUAGCUAAUGGACAGUGAUCAAUAGACAUCAAUCAAAGACCAUACUGUAUAUGAACUCAAGGGAGGGAGAAAACUGUAAAUACUGAAGCACGUCAUAUUUUAACUUUAUUAUGUAUGCAGAUAAGACCUCAAAACCGUUCUAAGAUCUUUGCACACAUCCUUUCCUGUUUUCACUCAUUUUACUGUGGAAUGAAUUGUAUAUAUCAGCUAUAUCAAUAUGUUUUCGUGGGAAAAAAUGGGGAGUAAAAAUGUGCAUAGAGGGCUUUUUAGUUAGUCUGUGCUAAGGAAGAAAAUGAAAAUGACCCCAUUAUGCCCUCCAUGACUUCCUUUCUUAGGCUGAACACAAUUAAAUUAAAAUGAUAUUAAGCUAUAUUAAACAUUAUCCUGGUUUGUCAAAACCAUAGGGUCCAAAUAUUUUGAGCUCCUAAAAGUGCAUUCAUCCAUAAUAAAAGUAUUCCAUAUGUACCCCGUGGGCUAAUAAAAGGUUUGCUGAUGUCAAAUUAUACAUUUCUGAGAGAAAAUUAUGAAUAUUUCAAGUUUGAAGGUCUAGUGUAUGAAAUGUAACGCCAUCUAGCGGUGAGGUUACAAAUUGGAACCAACGGCCGCUUAUUAGAAGCAUUAUGGCAACUGACUCAGGACUAAGAUGUCAUCACGUUUUCGGUUCUUUGCCGAAGGAGAUAACCUAUUUAUGAAAAGCUCUGUAGAGCAGUUUGUCGAAUUCCAUGCAAGGAGACCCGCGGUAUGUGUACUGUAGAUAGAAAUAGCUCAUUCUAAGUUAAUAAAAACAUAACAUUAUAUAAGGUCCCUAUACACCUCUGAAGACAUGGUUGUGUAUAUUGUAAUGCAUUAUUGUCAAAAGAUCCUGCAAAAAAAUUAACAUUAUUAUCAAUUUAUCAAGGUAAUUUCAAAUGUGGCUGACUUAAAAUCUUUUGGGUUCUUUUAUGCAGUGUUUCACAAUGCAUAAAACCAUUUUUAUUUAAAAAUGGGGUUAUUUUCAUUUUCCAGUGAACUGUUAUCUGUUUAACUUCCUAUUAAAGUAAAAUAGUACACUGCCGAAUCUAGCAUGUAAAUCAUAAUGAACCACUUUUACUCAUUUGUAAGAUGGAGGGUAUGAAAAUGUUCAGCAUACUGCUGCCAUCUAGUGUCAUGUGACUGUUAUAGUUCCAGCAUGAGUCUUUGUUUUUUGUCUGUGCAGCCAAUGCAAGGAUAGAUGUAUUGAGUAUUAAGUAGUAAUAAGCAAUUUGAUACCUUUACAAAAAAAGUACAGUUUGUAAUACCAAUUAUCUGAAAUUUGUAUUUAUUUAUUAUUUUAACUGUAUUACAUAAUGAUUGUAUGCAAAAAGUUUCUUCAUGUUAUUUAAUUCUGAAUCCCGGUGGAAUGUUUGUGAAAACAGAAAGGGCACAGGGCAACUUCCUUAAACUCAUUAAAGUCUUUCACAACCAGAUUCCAGCAUCUCAAUUUUAUUUGGCGGUGGGGAAAGUGACAACUAAGAAACACUGAAAGCAUUGGAAUCUAUAAUGUUAAUAUUUAUCAUAGCUGAGGCUGAUUAGCUCAAGCAUGAUCGUAUAUAUAUACAAACAUAUUAAGUGACAGAUCUGCUUUUCAGACAAUCCUGUCUUUUCUCAAAAUCUAACCCAAUUAGUUUUAAAAGUCUGUUUCCAAACUGUUUACAGAACCCUCAUUAAAUGCAAGCUUCCCCACGAUAACAAGGCUCAAAAUAAGACAUCAGUGACCAAGAUAAGAAUAGCCGUGCUACUAUUUUGGUUUCCAGUGUGUCGAACGCUUAGCGCAGAGCAUGGGAGUCAACUUGAGGUUCAC